AUGCUGCCGUUAAAAGUCUCCUUUCACCAGAUGCCAAGCCCCACCAUCUUUGCCGCCUCCUUGGACCCAGCUGUUAGGAGAGAACACAUAUUGUUGAGGAUGACAUUACCAGUGGGAGAGAUACACUCUCCCAUCAAAGACCCUUUGACUAGCCAUUCGGAUUCAGAACCGUCACCUCCACCCCUCUGGUAUACUCAAAUGAGUAAGCGGGCAACAGUGGUCCACCUCUCCAUCGAGCAGAUUACGGCGAGCAAAGAUGGCAAUAUUCCCCGACUGCCACAUGAGCAUUCCAAGGGUCUCAAGAAAUCACAAGAUUUACAAGCGAUCAUCAAUGGUGAAAAGAAGAAGGUCAUCCCGAUUGAAGAGAGUCAAGCAGAACUUACGCGUCGGGAAGUGGAUGAUUAUGUGGGGGUCUACCCUUCAAUUUCUCGUCUUGGCCGAAUUUCAAGCACAUUACCUAAGCGACAAGUAUCACAACCAACGCUGAGUUCUAGCGUGGUGGAGAGUGUCUUACCGCCUGAGAUGAAACGGCCGUUGGCUACCUCGAUCAAUUUCAAGAGUGACGUGGAUGAUCACGCGGGAUUGUGUUCCUUGCCAGGCUCAGCCAUGGAAUCACCCCACCUAUUAUCACCCGUCAAUGAAGUUCGUGAGCCAGAGGAAGAAGGUGGAAAACAGAACCUCAUCCAUGGCUCCCAUAACCUGGAGGUCGAAUUGAUAAACCGGCCUGAAAACAGAAGCUUUUAA